CACAAUCUACAUUGGGCCAGCCUUCCAGCACUCUCUACUGCUGAGACAUCAGGAGCUGUAUAUGUUUUCCGUGUGAGGGCCAGUAAUGCAGGAGGCAGUGGACCAUGGAGUAAUGCUGUGCAACAUGUAUAUAGGGUAGCCAAACACCCGCGGCAAGUAAAGAAAGUGGUUGAAAGAGGUACACAGACUCCUAAGAUGUCAGCACACCUCAAGUCCCCCAGAAAGUCUCCUGCUCAACAGAAGGGUAAGGGGAAACGGAAGACCGUUCUCUUAGACACCUCUGCCCCCAAAACACCCAAGAUGGACCUUCCAAAGCCUUCCAUGCCCAGUGGGAAGGGUGGAGGGUUUCACAGCCGGAUGCAUGAGAGACUGUUGGUAAGGGCAAACAUACAAGGUGCUCCCAAGACAAAAAAGGGAAGACUAAGUGUGUCUGACAACAAAGCAGAGGAUCCGCCAAAACCAAACAGCAAUGCCAGACAGAAAGAACGCACUCCAAAGAAGAGGAAAGCAGACCAGGACAACUCUCUUCCUCCCAAACAGGUGAAAGGAGUGGAGAAACUGUCAGAUCAGUGCCGGGAGGCCUGGCAAAGCCUUGCCAACUGUACUCCAGAGAAGAGCAAACCAUUGCAUGCAAAGGAAAAUGAAACCAGGGAGACUACUGGGAAAGAGAAGACUCCCUCUCUACGGGUAGAAUGUAGAGAAGGUUGGCAAAACAUUGCCUACAGCACACCAGAAAAUGGUAGAUUGCAAAAGACACCCUCUCUGUCUGAGGAAUGCCAUAAACCUACCCACAUCACCCCAGAAAUGAGCAAACCAUCAUCUCUGAAGAAAGGGAGAGGUAACAGAGGUUCUGACAGGUUGAAAACUCCCCUGAAGGUGAGAUGGUCCUUCCCUAAGACACACCAGUCAGGAUCAGGAGACACCCUGACAGGAAUCAGUACCUCAAAUGGCUCCUGUGUGUCUAAAGAAGAUGCCAGGUAUGCCGUUACAGCAGUAACCAACCUGGUGGAUGCACUGGUGUCCUGGCCCAUUGAUGUGGAGGUUGACAAGGAUGUGGACGAGAAGAGCACUCCAAGAAGAACUCCCAAGUGUACCCCAGACAGACCCUCAUCUAGUAAAAGACGGAGAAGACAGUCAGAUCCCAGCCCUUCACUGAAAGCUGCAGGAAGAACUCCUCAGACCCCAGCUUCUCUGAGACAGAGACGGGCUCCGGACUAUUUUGAGGAAUGUGAGUCCAUAGUACGUGCUGUGUUUGACCACCCAGAUGGCAAACUGUUCCAACUGCCUGUUAAAGUCAAGGAGGUGCCUGACUACUAUGACAUAGUAAAGGACCCCAUGGAUCUAGACUGUAUCAAGAAGCGCCUGCGAGAGCUGUACUACAUAAUCAUGCCUGACCAGUUCCUGGCAGACAUGAAGAAAGUCUUCAGAAACUGCCAUCUGUACAAUAAACCGGACUCCGAAGUCGGCCAGGCAGGUUUUCGUCUGGAGAGUUACUUCAUCCAGAUGCUCUGUCAGUACCUCCCAACUGUGUCCUACAAACCUGUCUAUAAGCUUCCUCCAGCUGAUGGACAGGAAUCACCUCCAACCAACAGUAGAGCAGUACAUGGGGAACCUGAUGAGUGUUGUCCUGAGGGAGGGCGUCAAUCUAUGGUUGAGCCAACUGUGGAGGAAAAGCAUGAUGUCUUCUGUGUUGCAAAGGAAACUGAGAGAAGCACACUAUCUGCUGCUAACAAUAUGGUGUCCUACCAUGAAGUCAAGACCUCAGGUUCCACUCAAGAGGAAGAAUCUUUGCAGAAACCAUUGGUAGAAUCACAUGGAAAGCAGGUCAGAUCUGGACCAAUGGAGGUCCAAGAGAACCCAGUUGCAGUGGAAGUUGUUGAUGUGUCCCGGUAUGCCAAUGGUGGCACAUUCCAUGAUCCAACUACUGCCCAGGGUAUACCCACAACUGUCACCAUGUCAGAGAGUGAAGAAGUACCCUUGUCUGCACCAAACCAAGAGUCUCCUGAGAGGAACACUACCUCCAUAAGAAUAGGAGAGGCCGUACAUACCAACACAGAAGGUGCUGAGCCAGAAGUAUCACAGAGGGUGCAUGAAGAAAAGGCAAGUGUUGAUAGUACUAACACUAAGUCUCCUACAGAGUUUGCUGAAUCUGUCAGGGAAAGAAAUCCAAUCUUGGAUUCUAACAAAGACUCCAGUAUCAGGAAAGAGAGUGGCAGCCCCAGGAACUCAACAGACAAGUCUGUAGCACAAGGCAAGAAACGCAGGGAGAGGAAAGAUAAACCAAGUAAAGUUAUGUCUGAUGAAGAAAUCGGUGCCCUAGAACCCUGGUGUUCUUACAGAGGGGAAUUUUCUGUGAUCAACAAUCCGGUCAACGCAGUUAUUGCUGAACAGGUCACAGAUAUUGCACCACAUUGUGCCAAUCUGCAUCCAUUCAGGUCCCUGUCCAGUCCCAGUCUCACCACAGUGGGUGAUGAAGGAGAUGCAGUGCUGAGUAGAAACAGACAGAGGAGUGUCAGUGCUGUUGAUGCUGCUGAAGACAUCCCUGUCAGACCCAGCAAUCCCUCACUCCAUCCGCAAAUGGCUUUAACAACUCUGAGAUCACCCAACAAGGAGACAGUCAUUGCCAGUUGUCUAUCAUCCUCCCCACUUCAGAUCACAGUGCCAAGGUCUAACCUACAGGGAGGUGAUGCAACAGGGUCUCAGCCUCUAACAAGCCACAACACGGCCUGUGGCUUUGGGCAGGAGAUGACUUCUGUGGAUGUUGUGGGUGUCCUAAUGUCUGAAAAUUCCACAGUAGGAAGCCUUCAAGAACAGAGCAGGGUAGAAGGACACAAAUCACCAAGAAGUCCAUCAAGAGAAGCCAUGGGCUCUGACAUGAAGACUACAGUGGAUUUGACACAGAAAGGUUCCAAAAAUGUUCAGCCUGAAGAGUGUUCAACAAAGCCUAAAAGGUCACAAAAAGCCAGAAAGUCUUUUCCAAGACAUGUGCCACAGGAGAAACAGGUCCAUUCACAUGCAAGGCGGGUUGUAUCAGGUGAUGAGCAGGAACCAAUCACAGCACAGCCUUCCACAUCAGCAGCCAAGUAUGCUGGUACAACAGGAAAGGGUGCACCUCUAUUUGCAGGAAAGGGAAGAAAGAAGACUGCAAGGAAGUCCAUCCGUAUGAAGGUGACAGAAAACCCUCACCUCCUAGACCUGGUUCGAGACAGUCCCAACUGAAGCGACUUCUAAUGAUGUACCAUGGUCAGUGGGGAAGGGGCAAGGCACAGGCCUGCAAAGUUGAUACUUUGUCUUUUAUAUUCAUUUGUAAUGGUACAUUUUAUAGAGACAAUUAAGAACAAAUCUGUCAUGUUCACCCUCUGGGAUAGGUCUGUGCAGUUUAAGGAUAAUAAGCUUGUAAGUUAGAACAUUAAAGCGGUUGACAUGUUGAAGUUGAAAAGACUCAAGUUCAAAUCAACAUUUCCUGUGAAGAUACACUGCUGAUGUUAAAUCUUCUUUCUACAUGGUUAAUUUUUGGUUCCCAACAAGUUACAGAUGAAUACCAAUGUUGCCAAGGAAAUAUUUGAGCGGCAUCAACUUGAUCAAGGAGCAAAACAAAGUUUUCUUUCCAUCCCAAACGUAUAAUUUGCUGUUACUGUUAGUAAGUUACAGGAAAUUCUAUUCAGUUCAGUUUGCAGUAAUGCUUUCGAACAAUGCAACAACAUGGAGCCUUUUUCAUAUUACUUUGUAAUGUUUUAUAUGGUAGAGUUGUAUCAAUCUACUAUGAAAGUCUAUCUUAUUGCAUUUUUCAUAAUUUGGAUGUUUUGUGUGCAUUCAGUUGUAACACACAUGUAUUUGGGGACAUCUGUGUUAUUGGGGAUAUCUAUGCUUGGAUAGCCUGACAUCCAGUCUUGUACAGUUCCUGAAUGGACUCAUGUUCAUGUACGUAUUAGUGAGUGAACUAUAACUGUAAGGCCAGAUGCAAGGUAAGCUGGUACUAAAAGAUGUAGACCAGAACCUGUAAAGUCCCCUAGAAGGGAAAUCUAGGAUGUUGUAACAGCUGUUUACAUGGAGCCUUAUGAAGCCUUAUUUGUGGCUGGUUGAAGAUUGUUCUAUGCUGUCAUGUUGAGAAUUCUGUUAGAUGUUACCUAAGAAUCCCCAUUUUAUACCCAUGUUUUUUUAAAACAACUAACAAUUCUAUAUUCGGAAAUGUCUUUUUGGUACUUCAUUAACUUUGUUAUAGUGGUAUUGUAUGUGUACUUAAAAUAUGAUUUGUGACUUGAUAGAACAUAGUUCAUUUGUACUUUGUGAAUGUGUGUGCAGAGCAGUGACUAGUACUUGAACGUUAUACUAGCAACUGACAAGCAACCAUGUAAUGUACAUGGUUAUGAGGGGUAAUCAACCUUACCCAGAACUAAGGUACUUAACUUAAAUUUUUGGGCACAAUUAUUAAGUAUAAAGCCUUUUA